AUGAUUGAGCAUAGACGUCGAAAUCGCACCCGAACAGCUUGUAUCGCCUGCCAAAUCCGCAAGCGCAAGUGCUCUGGCACUCAACCAUGUUCGACAUGUUCUCAUCUCAACUCAGAAUGCCAAUACGAUCAAAAAGGACGAUCGGGUCGACCACUGCGGAGGUCUAGAAGUACCGAGGAUGUUCGCCCCAAUGGUGAUGCAACUCAGUCUGCCCGUACCCACGUCAGUAAUCGACAUGAUCAUAAUGUACAUCUCAGCUCCACCGAAGCCAAUUCGGGUGCAGCAUUUGCGCGAAGUCUAGGUUUAAAAACUGACCCAUUACUUGCACCAAAGUUGAACAUGUACGCAUGGAAUACUGGGCUUCGACAUUCAAUGUCGGCUACGGCUUUCAAUGUGGCUACGGUCCCUCUUGUGGAGAUCAUCUCCCAAAACGAGAUGAAAUAUCUGGCGGCAAUUUAUUUCGAGAAAAUCGACCCGUAUUACAACUUCCUUGACCGUGACGAAGUUUUCCUUCGGACAGGAGAGAGAUGGCAAUCGUCUGGCGAGCCCGCUCCAGCCUUUGCGCCCUACGAUGGAGUCCUCUGCGGGGUCGCUGCACUGGGCGCCCUUUUCUCUCAAAGGGAAGCUACCCCCAAAGAAUACCAGCUACUGGAAUUGGCCAAAUUGGUCCUUGAGCAAAAUCAACAUUCUCAUGUCCCUUCGACCGACCUCAUCACGGCUUGGGUUCUGCGGGUGUCCUACCUACGCAUUGCUGGUACUCCACAUCUAGCAUGGGUGGCUAGUUGUACACUCAUGCAUCUGAUAGAAGCAGCAGGGUUGCACUUGGAAUUGCCGUCGAGCAAUAUCAGCAACAUACUAGCUGAAUCCUCCGAAACAACCAAUAUUCAGAGUCGGCGAAGACUCUUUGGUAUCGCUCGUCAUUUCAAUCUAUGGAUAUCCUUUGAGCUCGGUCGCACCCGCGUCACAUUCCCUUCGGCAACCACGCAACUUCCAAACACGAAUCCCAAUGGCAUUAAAGUCAUAUAUAGCUUUCUUGGGCUUUCAGAAACCCUCGAUCCGGAAGAGGCGCCAGAUAUCUCGGCACUGGAACAAGCCUUGACUAAUAUCAUGGAUAUGGAUGGCCUACGACCACCAAUGAUAUUGACACAAUGCAACUUGAUGCUCUGUAUACAUCGACGUCUGCAGAGUCUGAAUGCUGUCCUUUCGGGAGAAAUGUUUGAUCGUUUCGUCAAUAUCAUUAGACAGGGUCUGCGAGCCGCUCGGGAAAUGGUCGUAUCGCACUGUCCAUGGCAUCAAGUUGCCAACGUUCCAUUUCAAAUCAUCUGUACUUUGCUCUCAAUUGGUACCCAUGCCUCUAUCAGCCUACUCUCGGAGGCCAUGCAAACGGUCCGCCAAAUAGCAACCUCAUACGACACCGAGGUGAUGAGGGAAGCGCAUCAUACGGCGUACCUACUCAUCAAAUUACACCAAAUGCAGAAGGAGCAAGAUGCAAAGGCUUUGGACAGUAUUGUACAAACAGAACUGCCCAUCUCCACCGCACGAAACCAACCUGUGACUCUUUCAAACCAACCUGAUUUGAUGAGCCAGCCAAACCUUUCUUGGAUGGGUAACGCAAUGGCUGAGCUUCCAAAUCUUCAAAAUAUCUAUCUUGACCCCCCGUUGAUGAUGGAUGACUUAUGGAUGGCUAAUAGUUUCGAGAUAUGA